AUGCAUAUUCAAGAUAUUCCGCAAAAAUUUAUCCCGCCACUUGCGAAACUGUUGCAGUUCCGACCUAACGAGGAUCCAGAGGCUCUCUCACUGAGAAUUGCCCUGGGGACAAAAAGCCUACCCUCAUCUCUCCGAUCCAGCCGGCUGGAGAACUUCCUAUUGCCUUCCCGUGGCCAUCUAUGCUCGCUUCACAAGUGCCUCCAUCCCGACGUUGUUCGAUCAGUGCUUCAUCAUGUCCAGCUCGAAGUCGGCAUUCGCCUCAAUAAUGUAAUCUCUCACAGUGAGAUGCUAGCACCAGAGCUGUACAGCCGUGUCAAGAGGCUACGAGAACUGCAUGCCCUGUGGCUUGACUCUAGAGAAUACAGGAGGACCUUCAUGGCUUCAUCUUGGGAUCUUAAGUGGAAGUAUCAAGCUGACCGGUGCGAAGCAUGCAUGCUCUCGAAGAUCACAAGCGAUCUACAGAUCCUCCUUGACCUUAGGUGGGCGUUCCGCUCACGCGCGACCCGUGCUUUCGUCGCGAAAUACGGCAAUCCUAGGCUCCAGCAAUGGGUCCACGUUUGGAUUGCAACAUUGGCAGGAUUUGUUGAAGAGACCAUCGGUACCGCCAUUGAUCUCGAUAUGGUCAUCCUGCACAAUGAUGAGGAAGCUAUUCUGAUGAAGAAGACGAGGGCUGAGAUCGCCGCCUUCAGGCAACGAACCCAUCAGUAUCGGAAGAGCGGACCCGCCAAUGGAGCAUACAUGACACAGGUCCCGUACGAUUGGAGUUAUCCAAUCCAGUCCGCGCCCCAUCAACCAAAACCGCAAGAGCUUCCUGCGAUCCAGGAUGCGACUGGAGUUCAAGCCGAAGAAUUCAUUGGAGACACAAACGAAGCCCAUCUUGAAGGUAUGGACCCCUAUGAAGCAUUAACAAGCACCCCAUAUCUCCCAAGAACAACGUACUCACCACCAACCAAGCAGCCAUCUGAAGCAGUUUUGACCAUGAGCACUGUUUCCGCUGACCGUUCUUCCAAAGGCCGGAGCCCGUAUGGACAGAGAGAGUCCGUGCGAGAAUCGAGUGCCAGUAUCCGUGUCUACUUGGACGAGCGUCUACACGUUGUCAUGGAGAAUGAUCAAGAUGCCGCGCACGAGGUGGCGCAGUUGCAGCAAGAAUACAUUCCACCUAGACACUACUCAAGGCCUGACCCGUCCAAGUUCCGUGGUCUCAACAGACACCUGGGAGAGAUCUACCAACUCAUCGAGACAAUCUUGGAAGACUGA